GAACUGAGAAUGAGGAGACACCUCAGCGGGCAAGAUAGGCCACAGCUGAGGCCAUUUAAGAGACUUUCUGGAUAGUUUUCUUGCAUUAGCAUCUUCUGUUCCUUUGGUGGGUCCUUAAACCCCUUCCAAGACCCUGUCAGGUUUCCUCCAUUGUCCACUCCUGAUUGUUGUGAUUAAAUAUGGGCUGUCUAGUGUCAGUUGGCUAACCAGCUAGCAGAGUUAGAGAUUUCUCUCCUCAUGCAGCCCUAAAGAUCAUGCCCUGUGUCUUAUUCCUUUGAGCCUUCACCCUGCACCUGUUUGGGGGUUGGGGUGUCUAAGUAGAGACCCCAACACUACUAUCUUAAUUUUAGCUACAUGUGAGUUGUAGCUGUGUACACUAGGACCAUCAUUAUUUGUUAAAUGUGAGUACAAUGUAGUAGGAAACAUUACAGAAUAUGUAGUUUUAUCAGAAAACAAAACCAUGUGGCAUCCUAACUUAGGUUUUUCUAUGUACUUACUGCACCUUUAUGGGGUUGUCCUAUUUUACAUUAAUUUCAUUUUAAAGAUUAACGACAUUGGAUUAUUAGUCAUUAGACAUAGCUGAAAACUUGAAAUCCAGGAAAGGGCCCAGCUUUUGACUUUAUACAGGCCUAAGCAAUGACUCUAUUUUAGGGAAAGGCCAGUGUCUCCUAGGUAAAGCUGUGCUAGAGUUGCCCAGAGAUGUGGGUUUUUUGGGCCCUAAUAGGUCAAACCCCUUAUCAGCUGGCCUUAGUGACAACUGGCACUGCCUCCUAACAGUAAUUGACUUCCAUUUACUAGCACUCUGAUGCAGUGGGUUUUAUUAGAGAAGGCAAAGGCUAGGCGUGAGCCUAUCUUUGGGUCCAGACAGAGAAAAGUGCUGUUGGCCUCCAUUGAAGCUGACUGUGAGGUGGCAACCUGAUGAAGCAGUGUGACAAGUGGCAAGGAUGCUCCCUCAAUGGAGUGCCCAACCCAAGGGAAGACGGCCUGGGGUCAGGAUGCUUGGGAGCGAGGUCUGGGCAGGGGUUGAGCAGGGGCUGCCCAGUCGCACCUGCGCAUGCGCGGCAUGCGCCAUAGUCAGCCCACUUCAUCCUUGAGCCUAGUCAGCCCACAUCAUCCUUGAGCCUAUCUUUUUCAGCACGGGAGCCUGAUUUCCUUUGGGGAUAGCACCUUUCUGAAGAAAGGAAGUGUUUAAAACCGGGGGCAGUGAGAUUUGGCGAUCUCCCCUUCAAACAGUGACUUUCUUUCAUUAAAAUCUCCCCGCCUGCCCACUGGCUACCCCAGGAAACUUCUGAAACCAGUGAUUUGCAGUAACUGCUGGAGGGCGGUAGUUCUGGCCGGAAGUCCCGCCCAGCGGAAGUGAGCCGAGCCCUCUGGGCGGGAAGCUGGGUCAGGCGUCGAGGUGAAAUAAAAAGAAAUAAGAAUAUAGACAAGCAUGGAAAGUGAGGACACAAAGAAAAUACAAGAAAUGAAGACUGAUCUGAAUUUAUUAUUGGAGUGUCUGAAGUACCAAAUGGACAACGCUUUAUCACAAAAGGAAGCUUUGGUCACUAUUUAUUCAAUUUGCCAACAAAACAGUGAUGCAAGUAUUUAUUUUCGGGAAAUUGGUGGUUUGAUGUUUAUAAAGAAUCUUGCAAAGUCAAGUGAGCACAGCAUGGUAAAAGAAGCAGCCUUAUUCACUUUAGGAGCUAUUGCAGAAAAAAAUGUUUACUGUCAGCAAAGUUUGUGUACUUCAGAGUUAUUUGAAGAAUUAACUUUGCUCUUAUCUAAUGAUGAUUCAAACACAAAUUUGAAAAGAAUGUCUGUCUAUGUUAUUUUGGUUCUGGUUUCAAAUAAUCGAACUGGACAAACACUUGUGAGAGAAACAGGUUGUAUUACAGUUUUGUCACAGUUGUUCAGGACAGUUUUUUCAAACUAUGAGUUCAAUUUGUCAGAUAAAACUGUUUUCCAGAGGUAUCAGUUGUGGUCUUCAGUAUGUAGUACUCUAUGUGUCUCUGUCAACAACCCUCAAAAUGAUGAGAAUCAAAUGUUUUGCUGUUCACUUUUUCCACAUGCUAAUGAGUGGCUAAUAAAUUGCAUGAAACCUGAGAUAAUUCGCCCUAUUUGCUCAUUUAUUGGACUUACUCUUGCAAAUAACACUUAUGUUCAGAAAUACUUUAUAUCUGUGGGUGGACUGGAUAUAUUGUCUCAAGUUCUUGUACAGCUGGAAUCUGAUUCACACAAGACUCCUUCCAGUGCUAAGCUUGCAGUGAUGGUUACAAAGACAAUGGAUGCAUGUAUUGCUGAUAAUCCUACUUUUGGAGUGGUAUUGUCCAAGUACUGCAUUGUUUCAAAACUUCUGGCGUUACUGCCUCAUGAAAGUCUGGAUUCAACAGAAAAAUUUAGCAUCAUUCUUGCUCUUGGUCAUUGCACAGAGGAUUGUGAGGAAAAUCAGUAUGACCUUUUUAAAAACAAUGGUCUUCCACUCAUGAUACAAGCUUUAACUGAAUCUCAGAAUGAGGAACUAAACAAAGCUGCCACUUUUGUGCUUCACAACUGCAAAAAAAUUACCGAGAAACUGUCUCUAAGUCUAGGAGAGUACUCUUUUGAUGAAAAUGAAGCAGAACAAUUAAAGGAUAUAAAUUUAGCAGAAAAGAAUCUUAAAGAGCACCGGAAGACUGCAAAGGAAAUCCUGCACAGAAUAGACCUGCUUGAAAGAGAAGAAAAUAAGGAAAAUAUACAAAGAGAAAAAUACAAGAAUAUUUCAUCCAUGAAAAUAAAUGUUCAGGAUACACUGAAACAUCCUGCAGACAAUAUUGGAGGUACCGCAGCAGAAGAAGAUAAAGUUAAAAGCCAGCCUAGACAACUCCGGAGCUCUAAGUCCCAUGAAGUCAUUUCUAAAGCUUGUGCAAAUGAUGACCAAGCCAAGACACUGUUAAAGAAUACAAAUCUAGUCAAUGUGUGUCAUGCUGACAGUGGACAAAAUAAAACUUUGCAUAAAGUCACUUCAAGUUGUGAUCAAAACCUACAUGAAGAAAUGACUUUUAACAAAAAGAAUUCUGUUUCUCAAUCAAGUGACCAUGCUUUUAAACGUCCAGCUCACAUUGUCCAGAAUAAAAAGGAGCAGUUACCAGAAAUAGAUCCAUUUACAUUAUGUUCGGACAUAAUCAAUAAAGAAGUUGUCAGUUUUCAAUCAACUAACAACUGUUCCAAAAUGUUGAAUUAUAGAUGCUCAGGUUGCAUAACAUUAGGAAAACCCCUGAAUAGCCGAAAUUUUACCAAGCUCUUACACUCUUGCCCAUACCAGUGUGAUCGUCACAAAGUCAUUGUGGAAGCUGAAGACAGAUAUAAAAAUGAACUAAGGAAGUCACUUAUUUGUAGCAAAAAAAUUCUGCUGACCCCACGUAGAAGACAACUCACUAAUAAAUCUAUCCAUGGAGGAAUAAAAAACAGAAGAGUUCGUGGGGCUGGGAAUUUAACUCAGCGGCAUAAGCGCCUGCCUUUCAAGUGUGUGGUCGUGAGUUCAGUCCCUGGUACUGAUAAAAAAGAAAAAGACCAAAAAAAAAAAAGAAGAGUUCGUAAAAACUUUACAGAAGAAGAAGUAAAUUAUCUUUUCCAUGGAGUUAACAAAAUGGGAAAUCAUUGGAAUUCAAUUUUGUGGUCUUUUCCCUUUCAGCAAGGACGGACGGCUGUGGAUCUUGCACACAAAUACCACAACCUGGUCAAACGCCCGACGUGUGCAGUUCUUUGAUUGAAAGAGGCUAUCAGUUUUUAGUUUGAGUUCUUAAAAAUACAAUACCUUGAGCUGAAUGUGGUGGCCUGUAAUCCAAGCACUCUGGGAGGCUGAGGCAGGAGUUUAGUAAUCCAGUAAGACUGUUUCAAAAAAAAAAUUUUUUUUUAAAGAAAAGCUAAAAAGGGUUGGGCAUGUAUCUCAGUAAGAAUGCCUUGGAUUCAAGCCUCAGUAUCACACACACAGAAGUGCUUUGAAAGAUAAUACAUUAAUUCUGUAUUCUUCUAAGCCCUCAUAGGACAGUGACUCUAGAAACAGGAAUAAUUUCAAUUAAAUAAUUUUUGUGAACUUGGAACUCUUUAAAUUAUAAUAAUUUCUAAAAGAAUACACUUUAAGCAGAUUAGCAAAAUUUUCUCUGUAAGGUCAAAUAUUUAGUAAUAUUUAUUCUUUAAGCUCAGAACAUAUCUUAGAAGAAAAAAUAUUCUCAAUUUUAUUUGGCAUUAUAUUGCAAAUGAAUAUUGUGUGAGCCAUUUGGGUAUUAAUAUUUUUGCCUAGUGACAAAGUUCCUCCCGAGGACUCACAAUAGUUCCAAGCUGUUCAGCUAAGAUCCCCACCCACUAAAUCAAUGUUUGACAUUGUUAAUUAAAAUAUCUCCUCUUCUGAAGGUUAAA